CUGCCCACAUGCUUCACAUACGUGAACUGUCAGGCCUCAUCUGAGGGACUUACAGUGGGUCAAGAUCUCUUCUCAGCUGAGCCCAACCUGAUUGCUCAGCAAAUAGUUUUGAGAGAAGCUUAGACCUCAAGUGUGAGAGCCGCGCACAGUUAUUUUUCCCGAAGAUGUGCUGAAAUCACAGAUGUCUACAAGUCAACGCUUAAGGAAUGGCACUCCUAAACAGCAGGAAAUUUGAUAUUGAAAUAGAGGAGAAUGGGUGCCAGAAGGCCUGGUGGGGGAGAAUCCCAGCAGAAGAGCAGGUGGAAAGAAAGAUGAACUGAACCAAGACCUGCUGAUUUUUCCUCGGUGCCACUAGCUUGAGGCUGCUUCUCUAUGUGCAGCUUGGUUGGUGAUGAAUCUAAUUCAAGAGCAAUCAAAGAAAGCAGUCAAGUUCUUAACCACUGUGUCACCAGGGCUCCCUCUGAAAAGUCAUAGCCUUGAAAACCCUAUGGAGCAAAGUUCUACUCUGAAACACACGGGUGGCUAUGAGUCUGCAUCAACUCCAUAGCAACUGGUUAAGAUCCACCUACAUACUUCUUGUUUAAAUUCCCAGGAACGAAGUGGUUGAUGAGGUUUUGUGGAGUCAGAGAAAGUUUUGCAAAGACCAGACUUCUAAAGCGGGAAUAAAGUCACUUACUCGAAAGAAAGGCCUGCGUGGAGUAUGUGGGCUAUUAGCAAAAGAUGGUGGAUCGUUUGGCAAACAGUGAAGCAAAUACUAGACGCAUAAGUAUAGUGGAAAACUGUUUUGGAGCUGCUGGUCAACCCUUAACCAUACCUGGACGGGUUCUUAUUGGAGAAGGAGUGUUGACUAAGUUGUGCAGAAAAAAGCCCAAAGCAAGGCAGUUUUUCUUAUUUAAUGAUAUUCUGGUAUAUGGCAAUAUUGUCAUCCAGAAGAAAAAAUAUAACAAACAACAUAUUAUUCCCCUGGAAAAUGUCACUAUUGAUUCUAUCAAAGAUGAGGGAGACUUAAGGAAUGGUUGGCUUAUCAAGACACCAACUAAAUCAUUUGCAGUUUAUGCUGCCACUGCCACUGAGAAAUCAGAAUGGAUGAAUCAUAUAAAUAAAUGUGUUACUGAUUUACUCUCUAAAAGUGGGAAGACACCCAGUAACGAACAUGCUGCUGUCUGGGUUCCUGACUCUGAGGCAACUGUAUGUAUGCGUUGUCAGAAAGCAAAAUUCACACCUGUCAAUCGUCGUCACCAUUGCCGCAAAUGUGGUUUUGUUGUUUGUGGGCCCUGCUCUGAAAAGAGAUUUCUUCUUCCCAGCCAGUCCUCCAAGCCUGUGCGAAUUUGUGACUUCUGCUAUGACCUGCUUUCUACGGGGGACAUGGAUAGGUGCCAGCCUACCAGAUCGGACUCUUACAGCCAGUCAUUGAAGUCUCCUUUAAAUGACGUAUCUGACGAUGAUGACGAUGAUGACAGCAGUGACUAAGGACUCAUUUUGAAAUAUUUAAUUGGGUGUUGACUAGCUGAGAGAUCAGCUUUGGAGGAAAUGUAAAAUUCUGAUCGCCCUGUCAGUCUUGUAGCCAUGAAUUUGCCUGAGAAACUUUUGACCUAGGUGCCUCAAUAUAUUCUUUAGAAAGUAGGUCCCCCCACUCCCCCUACUCUUCUACAGGGAUAGACUAUUGCAGACACAUCAGAUGCAUUUUUGGCUUCUUGUUUAUUUCUAGAUUAUUUUCUUGGAAGGUUGGGACACGAUUGUUAUUUAACAGAUCAUGUACUGCAUUAUUUUUAUUUCUGUCAUGUGGAAGAACUAAAAGCAAAGAACGGUGAAGAAAGGAGUAUAAUGUGGUUAAUUAGCAAGAAUAUUGGCUUUUUUUUUUUUUUUUUUUAACCAUUCUAAUGGUUAAGACAGCAGUAACAAAAAUACAUGAUUUGGUAAUACCUUGACUUGUUCAUAUACCGAAUGGUGCCUUAUAAUAAUAGCCCCUAUCUUCCUCACUUUUUAGUUUGUUUAAAAAAUGUACUGGUGCUCUUUGAGAUGAUAGAGUGUUUAUGAGUGGGUAUAAUUAGGAGAUACUUUUCUCAUCUGGACAGCUAUAAAUGACUAAAUUUAGAGGUAUCUUCAUUCUAGAUGAAUAAAUAUUUUUUCCAUAAAAUAGUUGUGAUUAUAUUUUUCCAUUUUAUAGGUACCAAAUUAUAAUUGCCAAAUACAUAUUUUAAAUUAAUGAUAAGCUGUAAUUUUUAGGAAUUUGAUUUGAAAUUAUCAAAUAAUACUGAAUGUCAUACUGCUUUAGUUUCUACUUUUCAGUAAGACAUUUUUAGAUAUAAAUUCAUCUGCUUUAACAUUAUUUCUAGAAUGAAACUCUUUGUGUAAAACCCUUGAAAAUAAACAGACUCUUAAAAAAACAAUCCAACAGUAGAGCACAGGAUAGGCCUAAAGAUUUGAAAGAAACAACGUGUAAGAAUGCUCAAAAAAUGAGAAAAUGUCUUAGAAACUUAAGUUUGACUAGACUUCAUAUCUGUGGAAGUAUUGCCUAUUUCAGUGUGAAACUAUCUUGAAUUUACAAAUAUAGUGUUAUAUUUUAUAAAGUUUUUAAGGUCCCAAACAAUAUUUCUAUUUUUGUAAAACAAUUUAAUGUUUAAUCUGUUUCUGAAAUCUUUUUGCAGUCUGUGGAAAUAGAGUAGCAAUUUCUAAAUUGUGAACUUUGUUGAGUCGGUCUAGAUUGCUUUUGAGAAGUGGCAAUUUUUCACUCUUUGCUUUUGAGGCAGCCAUUAGGUUGAAAGUAUAUUUAUUGUAUAAAACUUGAUGCAUUUUGCACUACUUUCCAUUUGUAUGCUGCACAUGACUAUAGUCUUUCAAAUACAAAAAAUCAGUCUAAAGCUUGUUGUAAAUCCUAGAUUCUUUAAGUCUUCAAAUCUGGAUAUUCUGCAAAUGUCACGAGAGGUUUGAUUGAGUAAUUUGUGAUUCUUUGGUAUCUUACUGUUUGGUUAAGGCACUAAUUUUACUUACUGUUAAAUUUUGAAAGUAUCUGAGAUAUGCAGAUCUCCCUGUAGGAAAUGUGAAAGAAAAGCACAACAGGGCUAGUUUUUAUUUUUAAGCAAUAUAUACCUAUAAUCAAUCAGCAUGUCUGGAAAGGACCAUGAAACCUGAAAAGGGCUAAUGAAGACCUGUUGGUACAGAGGAAUUUAGCAAAUGCAGAAACCAAGGGGAAAUGGUCCAAGAUAACAUUUGCAUUGUCCACCUUUCUUGGCGCUGUUUUUACAAUAAAAAGCAUUUACAGUUUACCUUUGUUCUCUGCAUAUUGUGACUUGAAGAUUUUUUUUCCCCUGAUUAAAUAAUAAAGAUAUGCAUCUUUCCCUCUUUAUUCAACUGCUGUGAGUGCUUGCUUUGUGCCAGCCAUUGUUCUAGCACUGGGGGCAGAAUAAGGAACACAAAUUCCUCCUUUUCGUGGAGUUUAUAUGCAACUAGAUUCCAAGAUGCGUUUUCUUCCAGAAAUUUUCCGUAGUUUUUAAAGCGUUCAUGAAUCUUUAUAUAUAAACCUGAAAUGGUUUUGAUGCUCUUUUCUCAUGGUGUUAUUCUUGAAUGCAAUUUACUUGGAUUGCACAGGACCCCUAGUUGGUUAACCAAACCGGUAACUUUUGAUGUAAGGGAAACAAGAUUUUGUAGAUGGAAAGGAAAAAUUUUAAAUUGAAUAUACCUUAAUACAGGAGUUUUUAUUAUAGAGUCAUGUGGCAUAAAAUGGCCAUAGCUAACAAAAAGUUUAUAUAUCCUUUAUCCUUAUUACUUACUAAAUGGUAUGCCGUAAGAUUCUUUAAAAGAUCCCAGUACUUUCAGAUAUAUCUACUAACUUUGUUGUCAAAUGUAUGAUGUGGCUUUAAACAGCGUAGUAGUAAUUGUUUAUACAGUCGACCCUCCAUAUCCAGAGAUUCUGCGUUAGUGGAUUCAACCAACCGCAGAUUGAAAAUAUUUGUGUGUCGGGGGGGAGUUACAAAAAGCAAAACUUGAAUUUGCCACGUGCGGAACAGUAUGCUGACUCCCCACAGAGGAAGUGAUGUGGCAGUCUCUGUCGUAGCCCCCCGCCACUCCGCAGAUCUCAGUCUCCAGCACUCGUCUGAGCAUCGUUCUCCUAGCGUCUGGUUCGUUUGGCUUGUGUUGUGUGCACACUUUGUUCCUGUGAAAAAAUGGCCCCUAAAAAGCAAUUAGGUGGUCAAAGCAGUCUCUCAAAGGCUAAGUGUGAGGGGUUGAGCAUAGCGAGUGGAAGGAGUUGAAGGCUGGUAAGGGAGGGCUGGCUCACUGUGUAAAGCGCUGCAGCCUCCAGAACUUCAAGGUGGCAGGUGAAUCGGCAUUGCCUGAUGCCCAGGCAGCGUGAGCCUUCCCAGAAGAGCUCAAGAAACUCAGAGAUGAAAAAAGCAGAGCAAGUCUUCAAUAUGAUGAAACAACUAUUUACAUAGCAUUUACGUUGCAUAUAAAAAAAAAAUCAAACCCAUUGCGGUCGAGUCGAUUCUGACUCAUAGUGAUCCUAUAGGACAGAGGAGAGCCGCCUCACAGGGUUUCCAAGGAGCGCCUGGUGGAUUUGAACUGCUGACCUUUUGGUUAGCAGCGGUAGCACUUAACCACUACGCCACUAGGGUUUCCUUACAUUGUAUUCACCCCCCCAAAAAACUUUUUUUUUUUAAAGGUACAUUGUAUUAGGUAUUAUAAAUAAUCUAGAGAUGAUUUAAAGUAUACCCAGGAUGUACACAGGUUACAAACAAAUAAGCCAUUUUAUAUAAGGGUCUUGAGCAUCUUUAGAUUUUGAUGUCCAUAGGGGUCCUGGAAUCAAUCCCUCCUUGGAUACCGAAGGGUGACUAUUAAAUUGCUGUACAUUUUACAAGGUAAAUAGUGAAGUCUGGAAUGAAAAUACAUGAGAUUUUAUUUGUGUAAUUUUAAAGUCCUUCCUUACUAAGCAUCUAUUCUGUUAGGCUCUGUAAUAUUGGUGUUUCAAGCUUUUAAACGGUACAUUUCUACAGGGGUUAUCAAUUGCACUUCCUUGAAUAUCAAAUCAAACUCCUUAAGAAUUACUUUGUACUUGGCCUCUGCAGUAACUGUUUUACAUGCAUAUACUUCAUGCACUGAAUUUCAGCACUAGAGAACAGUGUUUUAAACCAUAUAACUGAUAGUAUUUCUCUUUGUGUCCAUUCUAAAUAUAAUAUUAGAGAAAAUAUAUGCUUUUUCCCUCAUCCUCCAUUUUUGGAGUUCAUGGACAGCUUCUUUUAAUUAAAAAAAAAUUUUUUUUUAAUUGAGGUGAAAUUCACAUAACUAUUUUGAAGUGUGCAAUUCAGUGGCAUCAGUCCACUCACAAUGUUGUUCCACCACCUCCUCUAUGGUUUUAAUUUUUUUUUUUCUUCAUUUUUGUAUAGUCUUAAUACCUUUUUUUCCUUCAUGGAGUUUAAGUUUUAGAGAAGUUUUAGGAUUACAGAAAAAUUGUGCAGAAAGCACAGGUUCCCCUACAUCUCUUCCCCCCCCACCCCCCGCGCACAUUAGAUAAUUCAUUAGGAUUCAUUAGCCGAUUUCCAGUCAACUAGAACAGCAAUGUGGCUGCAGCAGCCUUUUCUUUUAAGGCUGCCCAUUGCCUUUGAGUAGAUUCCCACUCUUUGAGUAGAUUCCGAUCCUGACCCUAUAGGACAGGGUAGAACCAUAGGGAUUUCAAGGCUGUAAUCCUUAUAGAAGCAGAUUGCCUGGCCUUUGUCUUGCUGAGUGACUGGUGUAUUCCUUCCAGUUAGCAACUGAGCACUUAACCACUGCACUACCAGGGCACCUCCUCUUUCAAGGCACUAGGGUACAACUGCUACUUAUGGAUGCACUACAAAUAGGCUCAGAAAACAAACAUUUGCCCACGUCCUGAAGAUGGAGUAGGCUUGGGAGAGGAGAGUUAAGACCUCAGUUUGGAUGAGGAAUUCAUGAAGGCAAUUUAUUGGAUUUUGAGAGAGUUUUACCAAAAGGAAGCAGAUGUAAUGGAUUUGAAAUACACAAUUCUCCAGGAAUUAUUUGAAAAUUUAUUAUUGUGACAUGAAAAAUAAGUGGCUAUUAUUGUAUGCAAUUUACAUUUGUGGUUGAGCCAGCAAGGUAAAGCAUGGUUUAAUCAAACAAAAAAAAAAAUUGCAAAUAGAAAUCUUGGCAUCAGCUGUUAGAGAACUAAACGAAUUUUGCUAAUGUAGAGUAAUGUAUCCCUGAGUUAGAACAAGCUGCUAGAGCAAGGAAAAUAAGCCAGACAGAGAUCAGAGCUUCUUGUUAAUACUUCGGUUUUUGAAACCCGUUGCUUUGAACUGGGUAUAAUAAAGCACACUAUUUAUUUUGGAGUGUAACUACUCCCAAUUUCUAUCUUUUAUAAGCAUUGCAGCAGGAUAUUUUACAUUUAAAUUCUUAGCAUAGAAACUGAAAUCUGCUAACGUGGAUCAAGUUUUCCCUUACUGGUUUAUGAAUAAAAGUGUGAAAAACAUGCUUGAUGUAUAAACAUGAACAAAUGACUUAAAAAAUGUUUACCGAUUUCCCGAAAUUUACAUUCUGAUGUCAAUGGUAAUGUCAUGAGCUUACAGCGAUGAUUUGACAUUUUGCAUCUAGUGGCUUAGAAAUAGCUUCUGUGAUUCAGAAUAUUUUAGGAGUAGCUUUUAAGGUUUUAAAAGCAGAAGGAAUCGAUGACGAAAUGUUAAAUUCGGCUUUCUCUUGACCAACUGGUAAUAUGCCAAAAUGUUUAUCCUAAAUUCCAAAUUAUCUCCAAGUCAUAGAGUCCAGGCUGAGUAGGAUAAAUUAAUUUCUCAUUUGCAUUGAAAGUGUCUCUUCUGUGUUGUGGGUACAACUCUUACCUAAGCCUGUGGUGUAUAUGUGUGUUUAUAACUGAAUUAAGUUUACUUCUACCCGUGAAGUUUUGAUUUAAUGUGGCAGAACUGAAGUUUCACUGAGUUAGAUCAGUUGAGAGAGGGUGAAUGUGUUAUGAAUAAGAUAUCUGGGUUACUUCUAAAGUAGAAAAAGAAAUCAAAAGUAUCCCUUUAAAAGACCGCAUUUUAAUAUCUUAACAAGAGUUUAAUGUUUAAGAGUGAGCUUAAUGUUUGAAAGUGAGUUCAAUAUCUGAAAGUGGAUUUUUUCUUCUUGGCAGACCAGGGAAGGUUUAUAUUUUAUCAGCAAGGAGCUCCAUAAAAUUAGUUGUGAUUAUGGUCUUGGAUAUUCUGUCCCUGUUUUCUGCCUAUGGACAUUUGUUACUUAGACUAUAGUAAUUGUUGUAGAGAUGUGAUUAAAAAAUUCAGGAGACUGAUUACACCCAAGACAGAAAACUUUACUGAGGUAUUUAGAGGUAAUAUAUGUUUGGAAAAGUGACUGAGGUCAAAAUGUUUUUGCCAUAUUCUGUUUGAGUCACGUUUGUAAAUUCAUAUCUUGGUUUCCAUGUAAUAUCUGCACCUGAAAUAGCACAGUGCUCCCCUUCACUGGACCCCUAGGCUUCAGGCAAACUGGAGUAUUUGCUGUGCCCUGAAUAUGCCCUGCAACCUUCCAUUCCCACGUUCCAGCUGUCUCUUCUCAUGGCAGUGGCACCUGCAAACCAUUGUUUCUUUCUCCCCCUCCUUCAGACACCUGCUUGGAGCCUUCCUCCCUCCUUCAGAGCUGAAGUAAAAUCCCACUAUCCUAACUCAUAUGACCAAAGACUCUACCUGUGUCCUUACCUUAUAAUUACGCGAUGGUUAUACCUAUUUCUUCUAACUGCCAGCCUAUUAAAAAGCCCUUUAGCACAAAGUUAUUGUUGUUAGGUGCCAUCUAGUAGGUUCUGACUUAGUGACCCUAUGCACAACAGAAUGAAACACUGCCUGGUCCUGUGCCGUCCUCACAAUUGUUGUUAUGCUUGAGCGCAUUGGUGCAGCCACAGUGUCAGUCCAUCUUGUGGAGGGUCUUUCCCUUUUUUGAUGACCCUCUACUUUACCAAGCAUGAUGUCCUUCUCCAGGGACUGAUCCUUCCUGAUAACACGUCCAAAGUAUGUGAGACGUAGUCUUGGCAUCCUUGUGUCUAAGGAACAUUCAAGACAGAUUUGUUCUUUCUUUUAGAAUGAACAAAUCUAGCACAAAAAAAAAAAAAAUUUUUUUUUCUAGACGUAAAGAAUUCAUGUUAUUUGACGUACAGUGAACAUUUAGGGAAGUCUUAAGUAAACGAGCAUGAAAUAAAAAAAAACAUGGCAGUAAGAAUCUUAAAAAAAAAAUAGAGUGCCCUUCCAAUUUAUGAAUUUGUGGUAGACCAUGUCAGACAGGCCUGGCAAUCUGCUUCCCUAAGGUCACAGCCUUGAAAACCCUAUGGAGGGCAGUUCUACUUUGCACACGUGGGGUCGCCAUGAGUCGGAAUCUACUCAGUGACAACUAACAGCAACAUGGAAUUCCUUGCCCCGGGGCAAGGGUCUAGUCACUCUUCCUUCCUCUAUCGUUGCCUCUGUGGAGCUAUGCUGUGGGUCUAAGAACAAUUCAAUGGUCUCAUUGGUCUUAUUUGAUUUUCCCUUUAUGUCAAAAGCUGUGCUGUGUGUUUUAGAGGCAAGAUUACUUACACUGUUAAAAUUGGCCUUCUCUCUGAUAUAGAGGCCCAAUGUACCUCACUACUUAGGGUGGAAACUAGAACUACCUUUAAGUCAUAGUGGGUAAAAUUUUUUAAAAAUUAUUUUUAUUGUGCUUUAGAUGAAGGUUUACAGAGCAAAUUAGUUUCUCAUCAAACAAUACACAUAUUGUUUUGUGACAUUGGUUGCCAACCCCGUGACAUGUCAGCACUCUCCCCUUCUAGGCCUUGGGUUCCCCAUUUCCAUUCGUCCAGCUUUCCUGUCCCCUCCUGCCUUUUCAUCCUUGCACCUGCGCUGGUGUGCCCAUUUAGUGUCAUAUACAUAGUUGAGCUACAUGUAUUAGUGUUUGUUUUAUGAGCCUGUCUAAUCUUUGGCUGAAGGGUGAACCUCGGGAGUGACCUCAGUACUGAGUUAAAAGGGGGUAAAUUUUUUUUUACCCUUAGGCAAGCUGUUCCAUUUAUAACACCAACAACAAUAAUAGCUAACAAUUGGUGUUACCCUGUAUGUCAGGCCCUGUUCUAAAUACGUUUAUUAAGUUAAUUCCCACGUCAACCCUGUGAGAUAUAGUACUAUUAUUCCUAACUUAAAAAGAAAAAAAUUUCAUGGUGUUAAAACAAAAACUAUAUUAAGCCAAUGAUAGAAACUGAUGUUUAUUUGAUAUAUGAUUUGCCAAUCGGGGCAACAUUUCUGACUAGAAAAUAAAAAAUGUUCCAAAGAAGAAAAAUCUUUUACAGAAUCUUAUACUCCAGUUUAUUGCUACUAAUUAUGCAUUUCCAUGGAAACAGGGCCAGAAUAGUGUUUAUGUAAUAACUUAUGUUCAUGCAAUAUUUUCUUGAAGAACAAUUCAGGUAAUUACUGAUGUACCCUAAAACAUAGCUGUGGUAUGACCUUUAGAGUUUCUGUCGUUAAAACUGCACAUAGAUAAUUCUAUAAAAGAGCACAAUGGGGAAACAUUCUUUACUAAUUAAGCAGGACCAUUGCUUGAAUUAAAGGUGACUUUUCCUUGGAAACUCUUGGGGCAGUUCUACUCUGUCCUAUAGGAUUGCUAUGAGUCGGAAUCGACUCCACGGCGCUGGGUUUGGUUGGUUUUUUGGUUUAGGAAACCAGUUUUCAAGGCUCUAGUUUCAAAGAUUAUCUCAGGGUUGGGUGGGUCACAUUAACCUCUAUGGAAUCCAGAAAUCUGGAUUCCAGGAGAAUUAAAAAUUCCAUUCCUCAAGGAGUAUUGAGGUGGGUCACAGAUCUAGUAAGAGCCAGGCCCAAGAUGUGAACCAGGGAGCCUGACUCCAGAUUUCAUGCCCCUGACCCUUAGGUUAUACAAAUUAGUAUUAAUUAGUAAAGACUUGGGAAAGUCCCUGUGCAUGUGAGAGGGAACUACUGAAAAUUUUUGAGCAAAUGGCAGCACUGGAAAAUUCUCACUCUUACAGUAAGUGCUCAGGAGUCCUCACCUGGGUGUUGUUGGUGUUAGUUGGUGAUUUUCUGGGGCUGUCUAGUUGAUACCGACUCAUGGCGACCCCAUGUGUGUCAGAGUAGAACUCCUCCAUAGGGUUUUCGAUGGCUGAUUUUUCAUGGAUAGAUCACCAGGCCUUUCUUCUGAGGUGCUUCUGGGUGGACUCAAACCUCCCUCCAACCUUUCAGUUAGCAGCCGAGUGUGUUAACCAUUUGCACCACCCAGGGACUCCUUUGGGCUCUCCUAACACUUUAUUGAUAUAUGUUUGCUUGUUUAAUGUGUUUGGUUCAUACAUGUCUGUCUACUAAAAUGUGACUUCCUGAGGGGAAGAAUUCCAUAUUGUUAGUGGCAGGAAUUUAGCUGCACCCCAUUAUGUCCAUUACUCUUUCUCCCCGAGUCAUCUCAAAUCAACAUAUGAUCUAAGUAGAAACAACAUGCCUGCUAUGCAAACCAACUUCAAGACAUGUCCCUUCCUUCCAAGUCCUGAUUGCUACCCAUCAACUCCUUUUAUAUGGAAAUGAUGUAGCUGCCACCCUGUUAUUCAACUUCAUAGCACAAUGCCUGGUCAUCCUUUUACUUAAGUCAAUGAGCUAGUACUUCCACUGAGCAAGUGUUUUCCCCAGGGACUGUUUUAGGCUCUGGGAAUAGAGCAGUGAUCACACAGUCUGAAAUCCUCAUGUUUUUAAUAUAGAAUACAAUGUCAGGUAGUAUAAGUGAUGUGAUGAAAAAUUAGAUAAGGUGUGGAGACUGAAAGUGGCAGGGGGAAGCUCAGAGCUGAGUCUCUACUAGGACACAGUUGGGUGCUUUUUAAAUGCUGGAAUGAUUAUUCUAAGCUCAACAUAGAAAUUUAGGCUACUGUCCCAAACUAGAACCAACUAUUACAAUUCCAUUCUGAAGGAUGAAUAUUUGUUUAAAUAUCUCGUGCUUAAAAACAAAACCUGCACAUGAAAAGAUGAAAAUGCAAACCAACACCACAAUGAGAUACCACUUCACACCCACUAGGAUGGUUAUUAUCAGAAAAAUGGAGAAUAGCAAGUGUUCAUGAGGACAUGUAGAGCGCUCUAGCUUUGCCCGUGGAAAUGUAAAAUGGCGCAGCCAACUGUGGAAAACAGUAUAGCAGUUCCUUAAAAAGUUAAACAGAAUUACCAUGUUGUUGGUUGCCAUAGAGUUGAUUCUGAUUCUUAGGUAUAUACCCGAAAGACUUGAAAGCAGGGACUCAAACAGAUAGUUGUACACUAGUAUUCAACAGCCAAAAAGUGGAAACAACCUAAAUGCCAAAUGAAUGGAUAAACAAAAUGUGAUACACACACACACACACACACAGUUGACCAUUAUUCAAUCAUAAACAAAUGAAGUUCUGAUGCUACAACAUAGAUGAACCUUGAAAACAUGCUUGUUAAGUGAAAUAAGACACAUAAAGACAAAUACUGUGUGAAAUAAUCUAAAAUAGGCAAAUGCAUAGAGACAGAAGUUUCUUAUGGUUACCAGGAGCAGGCGGGUGGGGAAAAGGGGGAGUUUUUCUUAGGGGGUACUGAGUUCCUGUUUGGGGUGUUGAGAAACUUUGGAAAUAGAUAGUGGUGAGGGUUGCACAACUUGGUAAAUGUACUAAAAGUCAACACUCAGUCCUAGAUGAAGCCAGACCCUGAUAGGAAAUAUUUGAGUUGGAUUCAUGAACUUGCUCACUUAGUGAAUUCAAACAGAAUUACAGUUUUCAGGGUCAAGUUUACACACAUCUUCUAAUUAAUGAAUUUGCUAAUAUUUCCCUUUGCGCACUACUGAAGACAGAUUAAUCUUGUUCUGGGAUGACAAAGAGAGAAAGACUUAUGAGUGAAUAAAUUAGGCAUGCCAGCAAUGGUGAUAAUUGGGAUGCUAGCCAAAAUGUAGCUCAGCCAGGGUUUAUUCUAAUUUAAAGUCAUUCUGUGUCCUAGUUUGUCAACAUUUGAGUUGCUUUGAAGCAUGCCUCUUGGCUGCUCUGGCUUCAGAGGACAACCACUAAUUAGGAUGUUAUGUAUCUGAAGAAUGUAGCUCUUUCCAAGCCCCUGUGAGUUCUUCUUAGAACAGUGAAUUUUGAAAGGAAAGAUUUUAGGAUUUGCUUCCUGGAGCUGAAAGUUUGGAGAAAACCCAGCUCAGAUGUGAUCACUUCUGAGAUGCCUUUGUAGCGCUCUUCUUUUCUUUGUCCCUUGCUUUCCAAGCACCCCACUUUCAAGCAGAGCUGCACGUAUACUGCUAGUCUGUGGCACUUGUGUUGUAUUAGGUGAGUUUGGAAACCCAGUAAGGACAGGGGGUACCCAGGGGUGUAGGAGAAUAAGAGUGUCCGGGGUAAUUUCUAAAUUGCACCCUCCCACCC